AUGGCAGUGGAUGGGACCCUAGUGUACAUCAGGGUCACUCUUCUGCUGCUCUGUCUUGGGGUAUUUUUGUCUAUUUCUGGCUACUGUCAGGCUGGGCCCUCCCAGCAUUUCACUUCCCCAGAAGUGGUGAUCCGCUUGAAGGUGAUCAGCAGGGGCAGAAGUGCAAAGGCUCCUGGAUGGCUCUCCUAUAGUCUGCGGUUUGGGGGCCAGAAACACGUUGUUCAUAUGAGGGUUAAGAAGCUCUUGGUUUCUAGACACCUCCCAGUGUUCACUUACACAGAUGACCAUGCACUCCUGGAGGAUCAGCUCUUCAUCCCAGAUGACUGUUACUAUCAUGGUUACGUGGAGGGGGCCCCUGAGUCUCUGGUUGUGUUCAGUGCUUGUUGUGGGGGCUUUUGAGGAGUAUUAAAAAUAAACGGCCUCACUCAUGAAAUUGAACCCAUCAGGCACUCUGCCACAUUUGAACACCUGGUUUACAAAGUAAACAGUAAUGAGACACAAUUCCCAGCUAUGAGAUGUGGCUUAACAGAGAAGGAAGUAGCACGCCAACAGUUGGAAUUUGAAGAGGCUGAGAACUCAGCUCUGGAACCAAAAUUUGCUGGUGACUGGUGGACUCAUGCAUGGUUUCUGGAGCUCGUUGUUGUGGUGAACCAUGAUUUCUUCAUUUACUCUCAAAGCAACAUCUCAAAGGUGCAAGAGGAUGUAUUUCUUGUCGUCAACAUAGUGGAUUCCAUGUAUCAGCAGUUAGGUACUUACAUAAUUUUGAUUGGAAUUGAAAUUUGGAAUCAAGGAAAUGUUUUCCCAAUGACAAACAUAGAACAGAUCCUAAAUGAUUUCUCUCAACAGAAACAAAUCAGUCGUUCCCAGCUACAACAUGGUGCUGCACAUACGUUCAUAAAAAAUUCACUUAUAAGUAUACUUGGCUUAGCCUACAUUGCAGGAAUAUGUCGUCCACCUAUUGAUUGUGGAGUUGAUAAUUUUCAAGGAGAUACCUGGUCUCUUUUUGCCAACACUGUGGCCCAUGAGUUAGGUCAUACGUUGGGUAUGCAGCAUGAUGAAGAAUUCUGCUUUUGUGGGGAAAGAGGUUGCAUCAUGAAUACUUUUAGAGUGCCAGCAGAGAAAUUCACCAAUUGCAGUUACGCUGAUUUUAUGAAGACUACCUUAAACCAGGGAUCAUGUCUGCAUAAUCCUCCAAGAUUGGGGGAAAUCUUUAUGCUAAAGCGCUGUGGGAAUGGUGUGGUUGAAAGAGAAGAGCAGUGUGACUGUGGAUCCGUACAGCAGUGUGAACAAGACGCCUGUUGUCCGUUGAACUGCACUCUAAGGCCUGGGGCUGCCUGUGCUUUUGGGCUUUGUUGCAAAGACUGCAAAUUCAUGCCAUCAGGGGAACUCUGUAGACAAGAGGUCAAUGAAUGUGACCUUCCAGAAUGGUGCAAUGGAACAUCCCUUCAGUGUCCAGAAGAUAGAUAUGUGCAGGACGGGAUCCCCUGUAGUGACAGUGCCUACUGCUAUCAAAAGAGGUGUAAUAACCAUGACCAGCAUUGCAGGGAGAUUUUUGGUAAAGAUGCAAAAAGUGCAUCUCAGAAUUGCUAUAAAGAAAUCAACACUCAGGGAAACCAUUUUGGUCACGGUGGUAUAAAUGGCACAACAUACCUAAAAUGUCAUAUCUUUGAUGUCUUUUGUGGGAGAGUUCAAUGUGAGAAUGUGAGAGACAUUCCUCUUCUCCAAGAUCAUUUUACUUUGCAGCACACUCAUAUCAAUGGUGUCACCUGCUGGGGUAUUGACUAUCAUUUAAGGAUGAACAUAUCUGACAUUGGUGAAGUGAAAGAUGGUACUGUGUGUGGCCCAGGAAACAUCUGCAUCCACAAGAAGUGCAGUCUGUCUGUCUUGUCACACAUCUGCCUUCCUGAGACCUGCAAUAUGAAGGAGAUCUGCAAUAACAAACAUCACUGCCACUGUGGCUAGGGGUGGUCCCCGCCCUACUGCCAGCACAGAGGCUAUGGGGGCAGUGUUGACAGUGGCCCAGCAUCUGCAAAGAGAAGAGGUUUUUUUGCCAUUGAUUGUGAUUCCUUCUUGUCUGUUGUGAUUUUCCUGUUUACUGCUGGGCUUCUUAUGUAUCUACGACAAUGUUCUGGUCCUAAAGAAACUAAGGCUCAUUCAUCAGGUUAA